GCGUGUAUAAUAUAUAGUCCCAUUCAAACUGGUCACUACCAUUUCUCUUCCGUUUACGCAACCCAACACUCCGUUUCUCCCCAUGCCGUCGCUCUCGGGACUCGCCACCGCGAUCCUCAUCGCGAUCGCGCUACUUCUCGCCGGAACCUCCUCUUCCGGCCGUGAUCUCCGUCCGUCGGAGCACGGCCUCGUGUUCCAGGCAUCGCCGCCGGCCAAUUCCUCGCCAGAGAUGAAGUCCUUCUUCAGCACCAGCAAGGGCUCUUCUUCCUCGUCCUCCGACGCCGACACGUCGCCCCGCAACACGACGGAGUCUCUGCCGCCGCCGUGGUGGGGAGUCAGCGGCGGCGGCGGCGGCGGCGGAGGAAGCCACGUGGGACGAGCGCUGAUGAUAGCGAGUCUGGUUUGCGGAAUCACAGGUGGCGUCUUAUUGGUGGCUUCGGCGUUGCUUUAUCUGUUUAAACACCGAAGAAAACCCCACCAAAACGAACCGUUUCGUGCAUGUAAUAAUAAUGCAAACAAGCUUCAAUUAGUGCCAGUUGUGCGUAAUCGUUGAAUUGAGUCCUCUUUUUUUCUUGAGUGCAAUUCACACUGUAAAUCGAUGUUGCUGCGUUGUUGUAUAUUUAAUUAAUUAAUUUAUUUGUUUAUUUUGGUGUAGUUUCGAUCUUUUGCUCGUUGAAAUUACCUACGUGUUACAAAAGUUGUAGUAAUAAUAAAUUUAUGUUAUUUAGUUGGACGUGAA